AUGCGCCUGCUGCUGUGGGUUCUGCUUGUGACUUUGGUCACGUUCAUCUCAAGCGCCAGCGCGACCGCGACCGUCACCGACUCGAAGGACAUUACAGUGUCACAGUUGACGGACUCGGAGAUCGAUGAGCUGUCUCGCCUGCUCACUGCUGAGACCGACGACGACAACACCAAGCCAUUCCUGCGAGGCGAUGCCAAGAAAGAUUUGACGACGGCUGGCGACAAGACGGAGGAUGAGGAGCGAGGCCUCUUCAGCUUGAUUAGCUCCAUCAAGAACGGAUGGGCCAAGUGGAAGUCGAACGCGCUCGAGAAGGCGUUCCAGCACAUGAUGAAGCACGGAGAGACGCCUACCACGCUGGCCAAGCGCCUGGAGAUCGGAGGAGCUACCGAGCCGAGAUACGAAAGGCUCUACGAGAAGUUGGUGGAUCAACUUCCACACGACCACCGGUACCUAAGUUCGGGUUGCGACUACUGA